AUGAGGCUCAGAAUCCCCAAUCUUGUCUCACGACCCAACGAGGUGCCAGUCGUGGCAGAGACUGCAACCGGCAGCGAUGUAGAGGUCACUGGUGCUCAAGAGAUGAACGAGAAGGAUGAGCCACGUACUCAGGUUAACAGCAAGCAAGAAGAGGACGGAGUAUCUCCAGAAGUGCAACACGGAGUACAAAUCGCCCAAGCAAUCAACCAAGUCUGGUCUCGAGAGCAUCUCAUCGCUGCAUACAUCAUCAUCUGGCAGCAUAGUCUUACAGCGACUACAGGUAUCAUCUCAAGUUUGAUCAGUGGUCUCUGGAAGCUCCCAUAUGCUAAGAUCCUCGACGUCUGGGGUCGUCCUCAAGGCUUCGCCUUGAUGGUUGCAUCGACUGUGCUCGGAUUUGUUAUGAUGGCUGGUUGCAACAACGUCACAACUUACUGUGCUGCUCAAGUCUUCUAUCAACUCGGAUACAGUGCUAUCGACUUCACCAUCACGAUCUUCGUUGCGGAUACUAGCAGUCUACGCAAUAGGGCCUGGUGGAUCGCAUACACUGCAUCUCCUUGGCUCAUCAACACUUGGUGUUAUGGACCAGCUACCAACUCUAUUCUUCGUACAAUUGGCUUCAGAUGGGGCUUCGGCAUUUGGGCCAUUGUCUACCCUAUCGUCUGUGCUCCUCUAUUUUGGCUCAUGUGGCACAACAUGAAGAAGGCCGAGAAGCAAGGUCUGAUUCCCAAGUACGACAGCGGGCGCACCUGGAAACAAUCAGUCUACUACUACGCAGUCCAGUUCGAUGUUGUUGGCAUACUCCUCAUCGCUACCGGACUCUCUCUAUUCUUGCUGUCCUUCAGCUUAUACUCUUAUCAAGCAGAACAGUGGAAGUCACCCUUGAUCAUUUGCUUUCUGGUCUUUGGUGUUAUCCUCAUGUUUACCUUUUCUUUCUGGGAGGCAAAGGUAGCUCCAGUGACAUUCAUCCCCUGGCACUUGAUGAGGGACAGAACCGUCAUUUUCACUUUCGCUAUGGUUGCUGCCAUCUACUCUGGUUACAACAUCUGGUACGACUACUUCUACAGCAUGCUCAUCGUUGUUUUCAACACCAAUGUUCGCGAUGCUACUUAUAUCCUCAACAUCUACACUAUCGGAGCAACUUUCUGGUGCUUGGUUGUAGGUGUGGUCAUUCGCUACAACGGGCGUCUUAAGUGGAUUGCUCUAUACUUCGGUGUCCCCGUCAAUCUUCUAGGCGUGGGUUUGUUGAUCUACUUCCGCCACCCAGACACCAACAUUGGCUUCAUCGUCAUGUGCCAAAUUUUCAUUGCAUUCGGCGGCGGCACCCUCGUCAUCUGCGAACAAAUGACCGUCAUGGCCGUCAGCGCGCAACAAAACAUCCCCGCCAUCCUCGCCUUCGAAUUCAUGAUCGCCAACAUCGGUUCUUCAAUCGGUUCUGCCAUCGCCGCUGCAAUGUGGACAGGUCUCUUCCCCACCAACCUCGCCAAAUAUCUUCCAGCCUCUGCUCUUCCAGACCUACAAUCUAUCUAUGGAGAUUUGACUGUGCAGAGUUCUUAUGCUAUUGGUAGUCCUGAGAGAGAUGGGAUUAACAAGGCGUAUGGCGAGACGCAGAAACUUAUGUGUGUUGCUAGUACUUGUUUGUAUGCGACUAUUAUUGUGUGGGUUAGUCUGUGGAGGGAGAUUAAUGUUAAGGGGAUGAAGCAGACUAAGGGAAUGACUAUGUAG